AUGGCCACUCCUCCCGUUCCCUUCAACCGGCUCAAGCAGAUCGCCACCGACGUCUGCAACAGUGCCAUUGGCAACGCCGAGUUCUACGACCACGCAAAGACCGAGCAAUGGAACUCCAGCAUCAUUAGCUCGAUGCUCAAGGCAGUCAUCUCCGAGUCGACUCCCCAGGGCGCGUCGGCACCCUCGUUCAAGUUUGCUUGCAACAGCACCAUCGUCCAGCACCUCGUCCCGACGUCUUCCCUGAACAAGGCCCGCGGCGGCACCGACGUCAAGACGGAGGAGCCGCACAUCUCAACGAGCACAGAGGCCACGGCCACGGACGGCAAGCCGCACGUCGGGCGACGCGGCAUGCACAGCGCCACGGGUGCGUACUGGGACGAGAAGAAGGACGGCAUGUGGACGUUCAAGUACGACGGCGGCGAGGGCAAGGGCAUGGACGUGGUCAUUAUGCUCAUCUGGGUUGCCAUCUGA